AAGAUAGCUGGAAGGGCCCUUGAAGCAUAUAAGGAUGAAAGAUGGUGGCAGUGUCCUGAUGCCUUUAAGAGUUGAAAGGGAAGCCGGUGUGAGCUGUGAGUGGCAUCCAGAUAUUAAAGAUGUCGGAGCCCUGGGGGCAUGUGUUUCUGUCCAGGCAUUGAUCUGCGACCGGCUGGGUGUUACUGUGUUUCACUCUCACCACUGUCACCCUGGGCGCUGCAUGGAGCAGAUAGGUGCCUCAUCAUCCAAGAUUUCACUGCAAGCAGAUUUGAAGAUGACUACUUCAUGGAGCGACCGGCUACAGAACUAUGCAGACCUCCCAGCUAACAUGGAUGGACUAGCCAUGAAGAAGUACCGGCGUGAGGCCUAUCACAGAGUGUUUGUAAACAGAAGCUUGGCAAUGGAGAAGAUUAAAUGCUUUGGCUUUGAUAUGGAUUACACUUUAGCAGUCUACAAGUCUCCGGAAUACGAGUCUCUGGGCUUCGAUCUCACUGUGGAACGACUGGUGUCCAUUGGAUAUCCCCAAGAGCUCCUCAGCUUUGUCUACGACCCUGCGUUCCCUACCAGGGGCCUGGUGUUUGAUACAUUGUACGGGAACUUGUUGAAGGUUGAUGCUUAUGGGAAUAUCCUUGUAUGUGUCCAUGGGUUUAACUUCAUGCGAGGGCCAGAAAUUCGGGAGCUUUACCCAAACAAGUUCAUCCAAAGGGAUGACACUGAACGGUUUUAUAUCCUCAACACCCUCUUCAACUUGCCUGAGACCUACCUCUUUGCCUGUCUGGUUGACUUCUUCACCAACUGCUCCCGAUACACUAGCUGUGAAACAGGGUUUAAAGAUGGAGACCUCUUCAUGUCAUACAAGAGCAUGUUCCAGGAUGUCCGAGAUGCUGUAGACUGGGUCCACUACAAGGUAAGGAGCAUUUUCAUUUGCUGUAAAGACAUGAGUAUAAGCACCCUAUAUAAAAUAAUAGUUGAAGACGGUAAACUGCCUCUUCUGCUGAGCCGAAUGAAUGAGGUUGCAAAAGUGUUCCUGGCUACAAACAGUGACUACAAGUACACAGAUAAAAUCAUGACGUACCUGUUUGAUUUUCCUCAUGGUCCAAAGCCGGGUACUCCUCACCGUCCCUGGCAGUCCUACUUCGAUCUGAUCCUGGUGGACGCACGGAAGCCCCUGUUCUUUGGAGAGGGCACAGUGCUCAGACAGGUGGACACCACGACAGGAAGGUUGAAGAUUGGGACCUACACUGGACCCCUACAGCAUGGUAUUGUGUACUCUGGAGGCUCCUCGGACAUUGUGUGUGACCUGAUGGGAGCAAAGGGCAAGGAUAUUGUGUACAUUGGAGACCACAUCUUUGGAGACAUCCUUAAGUCGAAGAAGAGACAGGGAUGGCGGACCUUCCUGGUUAUUCCUGAGCUGGCGCAGGAGCUACAUGUGUGGACCGACAAAAGCUCACUGUUUGAAGAGCUGCAGAGCUUGGAUAUUUUCUUGGCAGAACUCUAUAAACAUUUGGACAGCAGCAGCAAUGAGAGACCCGACAUCAGCUCCAUUCAGAGACGUAUCAAGAAAGUGACUCACGACAUGGACAUGUGCUACGGCAUGAUGGGCAGCCUGUUCCGCAGCGGCUCGCGGCAGACGCUGUUCGCCAGCCAAGUGAUGCGCUAUGCUGACCUCUACGCCGCCUCCUUCAUCAACCUGCUCUACUACCCCUUCAGCUACCUGUUCCGGGCUGCACACGUCCUCAUGCCCCACGAGUCGACAGUGGAGCACGCCCACGUGGAUAUCAACGACACAGAGUCGCCCCUGGCCACGCGCAACCGCAACGCUGUGGACGUCAAGGACUCCGACUACAAGAGGCACCAGCUCACCCGGUCCAUCAGCGAGAUCAAGCCCCCCAACCUCUUCCCCCAGACCCCCCAGGAGAUCACCCACUGCCACGAUGAGGAUGACGACGAGGAGGAAGAAGAAGAGGAGGAGGAGGAGGAGUAGUUACCAAGAAGACGUCUCCCUGGGAAUCUGGAAUCGUUUUAAUCAGGAAUCGGGAAUCCCACAGUGGGAUGAGGAAACAGACAGGUGGGAAUGAGGAGGGGGUGGGAAGUAAAAGUGAAGACAGUUUUAUACAGUAUGUUCACGCGUCUCAGACAUUCUGCUCUUGGUACUUGAGUACUGUCAGGAUACCAGAUCAGGCCAAUGUCAGCCUCUGUGGGUUUGCGUAUUACAACAGAUCAAUUGAACUGUGACGCUGUCUCAUAUCCUAAGCCCAUCUAGAGUACACAUUGGGAUUUCAUUUUUUUCCACACAAGUAGAUUUUUUUGUUAAUGUGAUAAAGGUUUGUUUUGGAAACUUUAGAAGACCAAACUUUUAUGAUUUGCUUUAUUUGAAAAGACAAAAUUCAUUUUUAUUCCAUUUUUCAUUGAAGGAAAAUGCUUCUUUCUUUUACUGUAAGUGAGAGAUGUGAGAAAAUAAGUAUACUGUAUGCAGAAAAUGCUUUCCUGAAAUAUAUGACAGCUUUACUAUGCUAACACAGAGAGCGGGAAUUGAGCGUAAUAGUGUGAGACCAAUGUGAGGGGUCAUCUCAGAAUACAGACUGCUUUGUAUUGAACAUACACUCUUCCUUGUCUAAAUCAACUUAGAUUUUUAUAUUAAGAAAUCUAUCUCUAGUAUGGUGUUAAAAUAUGUUUUUUAUGUUCUGAAAUACCAUCCAGUAUGCAUUGCUUUGGUUCUAGAAGUUGGGUUACAAUAUUAGUUUUUAUAAAUUGGGGGUCAUUUCCAGGGAAACAUAUAAAUGAGAGCACACAGCUCUAAAGCACAGACAUACUGUACACCUGAGUAACCCAUAAGCACAAAUGACAGACUAUUGAAACAAUCCAGUUUCAAGAAAUGACAUACUGUAUACACAGACGUUUGAACAUUGUAAAACAAAUCUAAAGAUCGUUUACAAAUUUGGCUUGGAAAUGGUAAAGUGAUUCUAGGAUGACUGACACAUUUUCAAUAUUUCUGAUGCUUGCGUCUUACUGCCUGUUAUUUUUCUUCCCAGUUUAAUUUAUGGUUAAUCGCCUUUGGAGUGUGAUCAUUUUAAGAAUCGCAUACAAGGCUUCACCUACUUCCCAUUCCAGAUUUGUUCAAUAUCAAAAAUAUAGAAGAGUAUGCUUAUUUAUCCUUCAGUGAAAAUCUUUGCCUUAAUUCAGUGGUGCAAUGUAGAUAACCAAUAUUUUCUUUGCAUUUCGUUCAUGAGAUGCAGCAUGUAUGGAUGGCUGCACAUGUCUCUAAAAUGCGUAGUUUCCUUUCGUUCCAAGCUGUUACACAGUAAAUGAAAUGCCUCAAUAGCAAUACCGCAAAAGCAAUCCUAUGCAUGCUACUCUUUAAAAUCUUUUUGCAUAAAAUGCAAACCCUUGGAACAAUCCUUCAGAGAUGCUUGUUGAAUAUGUUGUGCUCUGUGAAGGCACAAGCCAGGUCUUCAAUGGGAGAGCGGACUUUAUGACUUCUAUGGAGCCAGCACUGCCAAUUACUGUGUUGGAAGACUGUUUGCAUUUACAAUUCAUCCAUGUAGCGAUAAGGUCUGCAGGCACAGCCUCAGUGAGUUUUAAAAUCCCCAAACCUGGUCCCGGAGAGCCCUGGUCUAAUCUUCCCGGUUUCUAAAGAUAAAGAACCUCUAUUAGUCAUAAGAUAAUUAUGCCAUUAUACCUUGUUUGUUUAAGAGAUUUAACAAAUUACAAAGUGCUUCACCUGCUUAAUUGAUAGCACAGAGUCUUGAUAGAAAUUGGUGUUGUAAUUGUUACCUUGGGACAGAGAUUCUGGAUGUAGAGGAUUCCUUCCAAAGCCAAGGCCCAUGUUUGUGGGCACCCCUGUAGUUAAUUCCCAACACCAGAGUGAGACAAUAUGGAAUACUUCUAGGAUGUACACAAAAAAAAAAAACUCUGCUCACGUUAUUCUACGUUAUUUGAAACUAUAAAAUGGAGACUAAAAUAAUCAACUAAUUAAAUGCUUAUUUACAGUGUGAUCAACUACAAAUAGAAAAUACAUAGAAUUUGUGAGGGAAAGAUAAAACAUAAUUUGUUAUUUCUGCAUUGGUACCUGGGAAUUUUAGCACCAGGUAGUAACUAUUUGAACUGAGCUGAAUUUUACAAAGGAUGGUUACAAUAUGUUCGAAAAGGGAGGGUCCUGAAAUUUUAUGGGAAACAAUUUUGUUUAGCAUAGGUUUCAGUGAGUUUGCAGAGCUUCUUAUCUUAGUCUAACGAUUAUUUAAUUUUGAUCAAAAUUAAAUGGGAGGUUAAGCUUGAGUACAGAAAGUCUGCUUUUUCUACCAGGAUACUGUAAAUUAUUCCUGUUUUGGUAUAUAGUUAAAUUGUUUUUUCUCUUUGUUAUUUGACAGUUAUGCAAUAACUAAAACUACAGGUCUAAUACAUCAGUAUUGUUAAUAGAAAAGUAGGUAUGUGCUAAACUCUGAUGUUCCACAGUUAAGCAAGUUAGACAAUAGCUUUCAGUUGUCUUUUUAGAUUGAUUUACAUUUAAAUGUAUUAUUCUCAAGUGGCAUGGUGUUUUUUUUGUGUUUUUUAAUAGUUAAAAUGACAUUUCCACCUCAGUGCUUUGCUUUUGGUGCAUAUACUGUGAUUUAGCAAUGGAAAGAAAUAAUAUGCAGUCCAUAAAUAAUUUUGAGAAAUGCAUAAGAAAUGGCGUGUGUUGAUUAAGUAACAGUGAAGAGAGAGCUAUGUUUUUUCUAUAAGUAAAUCAACAAAAACCUUCAUAAGAACAAAAAAAAGUCCUAACAUUUUCCUACAUUAUUUUUUUCAUUGCUGUUAAUUAAAAUUCAGUAGUGAUUUUAAAAUGUUAAACAGGAAAAUCCAUCCAAAAAACAGCUGAGAAUUGAAAGCACUUUAAGAAAGAUCUAGGCAAAAGGGUACUAAUAUACUUUUUUUCUUUGCUUUUUAAAUUAGUUAUUCUCUCAGCUCUAUCAUAUUUUUUUCUUAUGAAAAGCUUAGAAGAGUUUACUAGUUCAUUUCUCUCCAUUUCUCUUAAUUUCUUCUGCAUUUUCUGAAAGUUUUUUUUCUCUAGAAUUCAGGAACCUGAACGAAAAAAAAAAUGUUGAAAAACCUUUUUUUAUUAUAAUUAUUCUUUUUAUUCUAUUAUUCUUUUGCUUUAUACCAGUAUGCAUGUUCAUGCUGUUUGGGAGUCAUAUUAAAGGAAACUUCAAAAAUGAUGUAUGAUUUUUUACAUACUGUACUUCAUGUUAUGCAUACAGUUGCUCUGCAUUGUUUCCAAAAAUUUGGGAACAGUAAUUUUCAUUGUAAAAUAAAAUGCCAUUGCUCUGCAUCUGUCAUUAUGCAAACAA